AUGGCGCCUAUCGACGACUCAGAUUCUGAUGAAGAUGCGCUGAAGAGACCUAGAAACACGAACGCCAAGCGCAAGGUUGGGAAGGUCAAGAAACAUGUUCGCAUUGAGGAAGAUUACAAUGAGGACGGAAAUUCGAUAAGUGAGGGCGACGAAAACAUCUUCAGCGAUGAUGACGAUGACGUUGGGCCGUCUAGUGGCAAGAAGAAGAAGAAAAAGCCGGCCAACAAGGUUCUACAAGGCGCCAAUGGAGGGUACGCAUGGGAAGAAGAUAUUCAGAGAAGUUGGGAUCUGGUAAAAGUUGAUGAUGAGGGAAACAUGGCCGCUCUGGUAUCAAGCAUCAUCGAAGCUCGUAAGAAGCGUGCUAGCAAUAAGAAUAUGACACCAUUUCAGCGCGGAAUCAUCAGAACUAUGGUCCUGGUGCUUGACUGCAGCGAUGCCAUGAUGGAGAAAGAUUUGCGACCCAAUCGACAUGCAAUGACUAUUCAGUAUGCCAUUAAUUUCGUACAUGAGUUUUUCGAUCAGAAUCCAAUAUCACAAAUGGGAAUCGUUUGCAUGAGAAAUGAUUUGGCCCAGCUGGUGAGUCAAGUCAGCGGUAACCCUCAGGAUCAUAUCGAUGCCUUAAAAGUCAUUCGCAAGCAAGACCCAUCGGGAAAUAGCUCUUUACAGAAUGCAUUAGAGAUGGCGCGAGGACUUUUGUUACACGUACCUGCGCAUUGCACUCGGGAAGUGCUCAUUGUAUUUGGCGCCCUGUCAAGUACAGAUCCUGGCGAUAUACACCAAACCAUGGGGUCGCUGGUACAAGAGAGAAUAAGAGUGCGAGUUAUCGGACUUUCUGCUCAGGUUGCUGUUUGCAAGGAACUUUGUAAGCAAACUAAUUACGGCGACAACUCAUUUUACGGUGUAAUAUUGAAUGAAGCUCAUUUCAAGGAUUUAUUUACGGAGGCUGUAACACCUCUUCCGGUUAAUAAGAUUAACAAGGGAUUUACGUUGGUAAAGAUGGGGUUUCCCACAAGAGUAUACGAGGAAAUGCCAUCGUUUUGUACAUGUCAUUCGAAGUUGAUGUAUGGUGGGUAUUUUUGUCCCAACUGCAAAAGCAAAGUCUGUUCGCUGCCGACUGUAUGUCCUUGUUGUGAUUUGAUGCUUAUCUUGUCAACCCAUCUCGCUCGGUCCUACCACCACUUGAUGCCUCUGAGGACAUUUCAGGAGGUCGACGUAUCCGAGAAUUUUCCAACCGAAAACUGCUAUAGCUGUCAAAAGAAGUUUCCACGACUGAAAAAUAUGAAAACUCAGGAACUUUUGACGAGCUCCCGGUAUCGCUGUAAUGAUUGUCAUCAAGACUUUUGCAUCGAUUGUGACGUUUUCAUCCACGAAAUUCUUCAUAACUGUCCCGGUUGUGAGUCUCAGCCCGAUAUUUGA